AGGAGGAGCGCGGGGAGGAGGGCGAGGGGAGGGAGGAGGCGCCCGCCCGACUCCCUGCAAAGCGGCCUUAUUUAUCUGGGCACAGCCUCAGCCUCCCCGGUGGGAGGCUCGGGGCGGCCGAUCCUCUCCCACCGGGGAGCUCCUCUCGGGGCGCGGCCGAGGGGGCCGGCCAGGCCGGCGCGGGGCGCUGGGCACGGCCGGGCCCUGCCGGCCAGGCCAGCACCUCGGCCGCCUCCCCGCUUCGCGGGCGCCCAUGCCGGGCUCCCCAUGACGGGAGGGCGCCCGGCGGACAGCGUGGCAUGAGCCAGGAGCCCGGGCCGAGAGCUAGCGAGGAAGAUGUCGAGCCCGGGCAUCAACGGCGACUCCAAGCCUCCAUGCUUGCCUCGAAACGGCCUGGUAAAGCUGCCGGGCCAGCCCAACGGCCUGGGUGCAGCCAGUAUCACCAAGGGCACUCCGGCUGCCAAGAACCGCCCCUGCCAGCCACCACCCCCACCCACCCUCCCGCCACCCAGCCUGGCUUCCCCGAUGCCGAGGGCUGCCCUUGCGGGGGGCCUGUGCCCCGCCGCGGGGCUUCCCAUUGGUGGACCAGCCUCAGCGCCGGUGCCUGGGCCCCCAGCAGAGCGGCCACCGCUAGCCACAGACGAAAAGAUCCUCAACGGCCUGUUCUGGUACUUCUCGGCCUGCGAGAAGUGCGUGCUGGCCCAGGUGUGCAAGGCCUGGCGGCGCGUGCUCUACCAGCCCAAGUUCUGGGCAGGCCUGACACCCGUGUUGCAUGCCAAGGAGCUCUACAACGUGCUGCCUGGUGGUGAGAAGGAGUUCGUGAACCUGCAGGGCUUCGCUGCGCGUGGCUUCGAGGGCUUCUGCCUGGUCGGUGUCUCCGACCUGGACAUCUGUGAGUUCAUCGACAACUACUCCCUCUCCAAGAAGGGCGUCAAGGCCAUGAGCCUCAAGCGCUCCACCAUCACUGACGCCGGCCUGGAGGUGAUGCUGGAGCAGAUGCAGGGCGUAGUGCGCCUCGAGCUGUCCGGCUGCAACGACUUCACCGAGGCGGGGCUGUGGUCCAGCCUGAGCGCGCGCAUCACCUCGCUGAGCGUGAGCGACUGCAUCAACGUGGCCGAUGACGCCAUCGCGGCCAUCUCGCAGCUGCUGCCCAACCUGGCUGAGCUGAGCUUGCAGGCCUACCACGUGACGGACACGGCGCUGGCCUACUUCACGGCGCGCCAGGGCCACAGCACGCACACGCUGCGCCUGCUCUCCUGCUGGGAGAUCACCAACCACGGCGUGGUCAACGUGGUGCACAGCCUGCCCAACCUUACCGCGCUCAGCCUCUCAGGCUGCUCCAAGGUCACCGACGACGGCGUCGAGCUCGUGGCCGAGAACCUGCGAAAGCUGCGCAGCCUCGACCUCUCCUGGUGCCCGCGCAUCACUGACAUGGCGCUGGAGUACGUGGCCUGCGACCUGCACCGCCUGGAGGAGCUCGUGCUGGACAGGUGUGUUCGCAUCACGGACACCGGCCUCAGCUAUUUGUCCACCAUGUCGUCCCUCCGCAGCCUCUACCUGCGAUGGUGCUGCCAGGUGCAGGACUUCGGGCUGAAGCACCUCCUGGCCAUGAGGAGUUUGCGUCUCUUGUCUCUGGCAGGCUGCCCGCUGCUGACCACCACGGGGCUGUCUGGCCUGGUGCAGCUGCAGGAGCUGGAGGAGCUGGAGCUGACCAACUGCCCCGGGGCCACCCCCGAGCUCUUCAAGUACUUCUCGCAGCACCUACCCCGCUGCCUCGUCAUCGAGUAGCGCGGGGCCUCCCGCCCCCGUCGCAGGAACCCGCCGCGCUCCGGGCGGGGACGCGGGGGCGCCGCUGAGCCCCCUUUCCCGGCCCGGCGCUCAGGGGAGCCCCCGCGCCCUCCGCCCCGCGCGGGAGGCGGGGCGAACCGAGAAGCCCCGCCCCGCCCUUCCUGGCCCCGCCCCGGGCAGGGAGGGGGCGGCGGGCGGGGCCAGCCCCACGCACGCACGCACGCACGCACACUCGGGGACUUUGUGCAUGCCCCUCGUGCCCGCACUGCACGCCCGCCCUCCACACGCCACUCCCGCCUUCAUCGUUCGCCCGCCCGCUGCAGGGGGCCCGGGGCUCGGUCCUGGGGGGCGUUUCAAGCUCCCCAGACGGCCGCCCUCACCGCCUCCCUCGCCCCACCCCGCUCUGUCUCCCCGCUGUCCCCCCAUCCCGGGCAGGGCCCAGGGGGAUUGACGGGGGCUGGGUCCCCCAGGACACCGGGGCCCGGAAGAGUCCCAAGGGCUUCCCGCAUCUUCCACUGCACCAAGCCUGGAGCCCUCCGAGGGGUGCGAGGUGGAAACAGGCCACCGCCCAAGCCAUGGCCCACUGUCCAAGGAGCCCAGGUCCCACCCGCCCUUCCCCUGACUCAUGCCAGCCUGACCCAAGCGACCGCUCCUCUUUCUUGCCACUGUGUGAGGCAGUCCCCUGCUCGCCCCGCCCCCACCCGCGGGCCUACAGGUCCUUGGGCCCUAGCCAGGCUAGGGCAGAAUUGGGUUGGGAGAGGGGCAGACUGGAUGAGUGACAAUGACCUUGGCAUAAUCAACAUUAGCCCAGCCAGCUCCAGUCCACCUCAACCCAGGGUGACACAGCCACCUUGAGAGACCCUAAGCUGGAGCGACCCUCAGGGUCUGCAGGCCUUGGGAGCAGUCCUGGUGGGCCCCAUACCACAGCCCCUGUAGCCACCUGGGCCAGACCUCUCAAUGCUACACUUCACCCUGGGCAGGUCUCCAGCACGGGGAAGCUGGAAAAGUGGCCCCCAGCCAAGGUCAGGGUCAGCGCCAGCCAGCAGCUGAUCUUCCAGUGGCCAGCACACCCUCAGCACCCAGAGGAGGGAGGGCUCCUUCCUAGCCACCCCCCACCCCUCCCUGGCUUCCCAAACCUCUGCCUGCCCAAAUGGGCUCUGACCGUGUUCUGUCCGAUCCCAAGACAUGUGGAAGUCCUGGGGGAUGCUGGCACAUCUUGGCAAUUGCUGAGGAGGGGGCUGGGACCCCUUUCCAUCCAACCUUGAGCCCCAGGAGAUACAGCACCCACACCCAAUCUUGGGACCCCCCCCAAUCUGGUUGGAAGAGAGUAACCAGUUUCCAGAGAGCCAGAGAGUGAAAGAGAGAGAGAGAAAGAGCGAGCGAGCGAGCGAGAGAUGCUGUUGAAGCCGAGAAACGGUUCAACAGCCCAAAGAUUUUCCUGCCCGUGGAGUGCCAGCAAGAAACUCCAGGGCUGAGGUGGUCAGGAGCCAGUUUCUUCAGCCCCGCCUCCCCACAGCUCCCUAGUGGGGAGGGGGCAGCUGUCCAUUUGUCCAAAGUAUUAAUGCAACUGAAGCUGUGACAUUUCCAACGACUGUAGGAAGAAAAAUUAAGGGGAGAGAGGAAAACAAACAAAACCAACCAACCCCUAAAAUCAUUUUCUUAUUGUACAUAACGACCUCAUUCUCCUGUAUAUGCGGAAGAUAUAACCUUAUAUUUGGUAAGUGUUUCUUGUGCUAUUUUAUCACGUGACCUGUUUAUAAAAAUAUAUAUUAAAAAAAAAGUUGUAAAAA